GCCACUGCCACGGGGCGGGAAGGGCCUCACCGCGGGGCCGCUCGGCAGCACCAUGCUGAAGAAGUUCGACAAGAAGGACGAGGAGUCGGGUGGGGGUUCCAACCCGUUCCAGCACCUGGAGAAGAGUGCAGUCUUGCAAGAGGCAAGAGUGUUUAAUGAGACUCCCAUAAACCCACGAAAAUGUGCUCAUAUCCUCACCAAGAUCCUGUAUCUCAUAAACCAGGGGGAGCACCUUGGUGUCAUGGAAGCUACCGAAUCCUUCUUUGCUAUGACCAAGCUGUUUCAGUCCAAUGACCCAACUCUUCGCAGGAUGUGUUACCUGACUAUCAAAGAGAUGUCUUCUAUUGCAGAAGAUGUAAUCAUUGUUACUAGCAGCUUAACCAAAGACAUGACUGGGAAGGAUGACAAUUACCGAGGCCCUGCUGUGAGAGCGCUCUGUCAAAUCACUGAUAGUACCAUGUUGCAGGCCAUCGAGCGCUACAUGAAGCAGGCGAUUGUUGACAAAGUGCCAAGUGUAUCCAGCUCUGCUCUGGUGUCCUCCUUGCACCUGCUGAAGACCAGUUAUGAUGUGGUAAAACGCUGGGUGAACGAGGCUCAGGAGGCAGCUUCCAGUGACAAUAUCAUGGUGCAGUAUCAUGCUCUGGGCUUGCUCUACCAUGUGCGGAAGAACGACCGCCUGGCAGUCAACAAGAUGCUCAGCAAGUUCACGCGCCACGGCCUCAAGUCACCGUUUGCCUACUGCAUGAUGAUUCGAGUAGCCAGCAAGCUGCUGGAGGAAGAGGCUGGCAGCCGCGAUAGCCCCCUGUUCGAUUUCAUCGAGAGCUGCCUAAGAAACAAACAUGAGAUGGUGGUCUACGAAGCUGCAUCUGCCAUCGUUAACCUGCCCAACUGCACUGCCAAAGAGCUGGCUCCAGCUGUCUCGGUUUUGCAACUGUUCUGCAGCUCCCCAAAAGCAGCACUGAGAUAUGCAGCCGUCCGUACCCUCAACAAGGUGGCCAUGAAGCACCCAUCCGCUGUGACUGCCUGUAAUCUAGACCUGGAGAACCUUGUGACGGACUCCAACCGCAGCAUAGCCACCCUGGCCAUCACCACGCUGCUGAAAACAGGCAGUGAGAGCAGCAUUGACCGGCUCAUGAAGCAGAUCUCCUCUUUCAUGUCAGAAAUCUCAGAUGAGUUCAAAGUCGUAGUGGUGCAGGCCAUCAAUGCACUGUGUCAGAAGUACCCUCGCAAACACGCCGUCCUCAUGAACUUUCUCUUCACUAUGCUUCGGGAAGAGGGAGGCUUUGAAUACAAGCGAGCCAUUGUGGACUGCAUCAUCAGCAUCAUUGAGGAGAACUCAGAGAGCAAAGAGACAGGCCUGUCUCACCUCUGCGAAUUCAUCGAGGACUGCGAGUUCACUGUGCUGGCCACUCGUAUCCUCCACCUCUUGGGGCAGGAAGGGCCCAAAACCAACAACCCUUCCAAAUACAUUCGCUUCAUCUACAACAGGGUUGUCCUGGAGCAUGAAGAAGUCCGGGCAGGUGCUGUAAGUGCCCUGGCCAAGUUUGGAGCCCAGAAUGAGGAGAUGUUACCCAGUAUCUUGGUGUUACUGAAAAGGUGUGUGAUGGAUGAUGACAACGAAGUGAGAGACAGAGCCACCUUCUACCUGAAUGUUCUGGAGCAGAAGCAGAAAGCCCUCAAUGCUGGCUACAUCCUGAAUGGUUUGACGGUGUCCAUCCCUGGCCUGGAGAGGGCUCUGCAUCAGUACACCCUGGAGCCCUCUGAGAAACCCUUUGACUUGAAGUCCGUUCCUUUGGCAACAGCUCCUAUCGUCGAGCAAAGAGCAGAAAAUGCCCCUGUUGCUGUAGUCAAACAGCCAGAGAAGGUGGCAGCAACACGGCAAGAAAUAUUCCAAGAGCAACUGGGGGCGAUCCCAGAGUUUCGGGGACUUGGCCCGCUCUUCAAGUCUUCCCCAGAGCCUGUUGCCCUGACAGAGCUGGAGACGGAGUACGUGGUUCGUUGCACCAAGCACACGUUUGUCAGCCACAUGGUGUUCCAGUUUGACUGCACGAACACCCUGAACGAUCAGAUCCUGGAGAAUGUCACGGUGCAGAUGGAGCCAACAGAGGGGUAUGAGGUCAUUGGCUACGUACCUGCCAAAACCCUGGUGUACAACCAGCCGGGUACCUGCUACACGCUGGUAGCACUGUCUGAAGAGGAUCCGACAGCAGUGGCCUGUACCUUUAGCUGCAUGAUGAAGUUCACUGUCAAGGACUGUGAUCCGAACACGGGUGAGACGGACGACGAGGGUUACGAGGAUGAGUAUGUGCUUGAAGACCUGGAGGUAACAGUGGCUGAUCACAUCCAGCGAGUUCUGAAGCCAAACUUUGGAGCAGCCUGGGAUGAAGUGGGUGACGAGUAUGAAAAGGAGGAGACCUUUACUUUAUCUGCUAUUAAAACCCUUGAAGAGGCAGUUAGUAAUAUCGUGAAGUUCCUGGGGAUGCAGCCCUGUGAGCGAUCGGAUAAAGUGCCAGAUAACAAGAACUCUCACACACUCUACCUGGCAGGUGUGUUCCGGGGUGGCCACGACCUCCUGGUGCGGUCUCGUCUCGUCCUGACCGACACCGUGACGAUGCAGGUCACUGCCCGCAGCGGAGAGGAGCUCCCCGUGGAUGUGAUCAUGGCCUCUGUCGGAUAAACCGCCUUUUCCAGGACUGUCCUGACACCGAGCCCCCACGGGCAAUGCUUCUUUCUCUGGCAGCAGAAUAGGGAUCACGUUCACUACAGCAGCUUUUGUGUUCUCUGCAGUACAGCUGUAUCUGGGGCUCUGUCUAUAAAAUAACGAUGUUUUUAUGGUCUGAUUUUACGCCGCGCUUUGUCCCUGCGCUGGAGGGUUUCAUGGGUGGCCGGUUUCUGUCGCGGUGGCAGCGUGUGGAGGAGAGGCGACACCCGACCGUGACAGCCGCUCCCUCCCCUUUUCGUGUCGUUCGAAUAAAACCCAUCUCCUGGCUCUGGCUGGCCUGUCUCACGGGGCGGGGAAGGCGAUUCCGCGGGCCGGGGCCAGCCCUGCCUCCGCUCCGCCCGUGCCCGGCCCCGCUCCGCCCG